AAUUUGUUUAUAGAUGUGGUGCCCUCCGACUCCGCCCCAGGACGAAAAUGAUAUUUAUAUUGAUUAUUCAUUAUCAUUCAUGUAUGAAAUGGAUACUAUUCCAGAUAUAGAUCUACCACCAAUUUAUGUCAAACGGGAAUACAAACGUUCUCGGGCAGAAGCUGGAUUACAUGCAGAUGGUCGUCGUUCCACAAAAAUACGUAAAGAGGAUAACUAUUAUGCACCUCGUUCUCUCUUUGAUAAACCUUCUACAGCAAUAGCUCGCAUUCGACGAGAUCUUAAAAGUCAGCGUCAUAGAGGAGUUUUUAAACCCAAUGUUCAAGUGGCCGGGCUUAAACCUCAAAUUACUCCUAAACCGGCAUCUGAACCUGAUUGUAUAGGGGAAUGGAGUAUUUUAGAAGACUUAACCAUUUUAAAUGUUUUAGUAAAUAUACAAGGCUUACCCUGCAAUUUAAUGGUAUUGUCACCUGGUCAUACACCCAAUUGGGAUUUAGUUGCAGAGAUUGUUAAUAGUUGCACUAGGACACACCGUUCCGCUAAGCAAUGCCGUUGGCGUUACGAGACAGUCAUACAGCCACGUGAGGAAGGAAAAGCUAGCGACAGUCCAAAGAAACAGAAAAAAAUGAAAAAUGCUAUUAAAGUAGAUUAUCUCAAAGGUCCACUUCGUUACUUAAGAACUACACAAUUAUUUAUAAAUGACAACAAUAUGUCAUUUACUAAAAUGAUGCGUUCACGAUUUGAUUGCAUUAAGGCUGCAUAUCUGAAAAAAGCUCCACCUCCAAAACGUCAUUUUUCAAACCCAACUACAAUGAAUCCAAAACAUUUAGAAGUUUUGCAAGAACUUGGCGUUACUAGCUACGAUCAGCCAAUAAGUCCUUUAAAUAUCGCAGCAAUGAAAGUAAAUAAAUAUCGUGAAAAGCAACGUAGUCAUUUACCGCCUCCACCUCCACCUACAGCCGCUGGCCAAAGUACGCAUCAGCAGCAAGUUACUGUACCUACUCAAACAGCGCAAACAGCGCAUACGCAGCAACAGCAACAAAUAGCAUCAGUGCAGCAUCAAUUAGUACAAGCCAACCAGCAGCAACAAAUACAGGAACUUGUGCAACAGCAAAAUGCUGUUACACCUUCAGCGCCUGCGCAGUUGCACACACAGCAGCUUCAAAUUCAACACAUAUCCAAUACUGGCAUUGCAGGUGGCCAACAGCAAUCCACAGCAACUGCAAUUGUGCUACAACAUGCAGGGAACUUAUCACAACAAUUACAACAACAAACGUCAAUUACUAGCAAUACUGUGCAGAAUCAAACACAAGUUCUACGUGGCCAUUCUGGAGCUGCGCAAAUAGUAAAGGCAAUUGUAGCUCAACCAUCAGGAUUAAUUGCUACCAGUCAAAUGUUGGCACAACAAAAUACAACAACAGGAACUCAACAUGUACAAUUACAAUCUGCAAGCGGUGGUAAUUUGGUUGGAGCUCCAGCUUCAGUAUCUGUAGUGCUCACAACUCCAGUGCAGACAAUAUCUUCAAAUGUGCAACAAUCACAUCACACCCAACAAUCAUCCAUUGUUUCCAAUUCAACGCAAGUUGGAAGCAUUGUACAAACUUUGCCGCAAUCGAUACAACAAGUGGUUCCCGUAUCUCAACUAGCAAAUGUAGGUACCGUUUUAACUACUUCCUCCAAUUUGCAACCGAAUGCUGGUACUGUUACUACACUUAAUGCUUCCACAUUGCGAGCACAACGCAUAGUAGCUGCUACGUCUGGUACUUUGCAGGAUGUUGUUUUGCAACAGCGUUCAGGUAAUCCAAGUCCCACAAUAGUUUCGAUGCCAAAUUUAGGACAGAAUGUUACGCCUGCACAAUUCCAAGCAGCUCAAUUGCGUUUAGCAGCUUCUAUGUCGAGUGGUUCGCAACAAGUGGUUGCCAAAAGUAUACCAGUGAGUUCCUUACAACAAACUGCUAAACUUACACCAACAUCUAGUAGUGGUAACCAGCAAGCACAUAUACAGCUCUAUCGUCAAAGACAAGGAGUUAAAGUACUACAAUCUAGUUCUUCACAAGGCACUCAAUCAGUCCAAACUGCUGGUGGCCAAACUGCUUUACUCAAUGCUGCAGGCACUAUUAUACAAGGUAAUAUUAUGCAGGCUUCUGCUGUGACAACAGCAGUGCAGGUUCAAGGACAAAAGGUAGCUGUGGCAUCGGUACCAUCAUCCAGUGUUGUCACUACUCCUAGCGGAGGUACCUCUUCCGUGGCAACCGUGCAUGUUGCACAAAAUACGGGUCGAGCGCAAUUUAUAAAACAUGUUGGUACUGGUAAGCAAGGUGUUAGACAGGUGGGAGAAACCGAUAUGUUGUUAGUAAAACGACAGGUGAUUGGAAGCCAUUCUAAAACGCAGGUUCUGCAACAAGGGCAAAUAUUUGCAUCAGGUUCUACUGUGAGUGGAGUACAGAUACAGCAGAACACCCAAGCCACUUCAACUGGUAAUGUACAAUCACAGUCACAAGGGCAAACACAACAGACUCAGGUUCAACAAAUAACACCACAACAAAUUGCAACUCUAGUUAAAACAUCUAGCGGUGCUUCUGCUUCUGGUUUAAGCGGAGUUAGUGUUGCCACUGGUGGGCAACCACAAACGGUGAAUAUGGCACUAUCACAACUUAAACCAGGCGGACAAAUAAAAGUUACAAUGGCCAAUCAAUCUCAAAUGCGUCAACUGCAUAUGCAGCAGCAGCUGGGUAUUUCAAGGAAAAUAAAUCGUAUGACCCAAAUCGCUCCUGGAACUCAGAUUAAUGCAGCGGCAGUUGCAUCGAAUCAGCAAGGUAAUAGUGGUAAUGCGCAGUUAAAUACUGGAGCAUCAAUAACAACACAAAAAAGUGCAGGAAGUGUGCAAGCUCAACUUUUACAUAUACAAAAUUCCAAAGCGCUACCCAGUUCUGUUACAGUUCAACAAAUUCAACAGGUAAUGCGGCAAGGGCAACAAGGCAGUUUAACUACUACUGGCCUAGUAUUAGGCAAGACAAGUGUUGGACGUGUUAUACCAGUAUCGGUAGCAUCGCAGCCCAACCAACGACAAAUACAGGUUGUUUCUGCAACAUCUGCUCAAGCUAUUGCAGCUAACAAUAUUCGCGCCCAAGUCGCUAGCGGUCAAAUUAAAGUAGCACCUGGAAGCAGUCAAUCACAAACACAACAAGCGCUGAUUAAUGCCAUACAACAGCAAGCUGCUGCACAGCAAAGUCAACGGCAUGCAAGUCCGGUACGUAUACAGACUACGGCUAGUGGAAAUUUAGUUGCUGUUGUUCAACAACAAGCUUUGCAACAACAACAAAACAUUGUUGCAUCUAAUAUGUCUGCAAACGUUGGUGCAAGUAAUUCGGGACAAGAGGUUAUGACAAUAAAUCAGGGCACAGGUAGCAACGUUAGUAGUACCCAACAACAAACAACUGUGCAACAACCAACUACACAACAAGUCCGAACGCUGGUGAAGAAAAAAAUCAUGCAAAUACGUAGUGAAAAGGAUUAAAUCUACAAUUACUUCAUUUAAAUUUAUUUGGUUGGUUUUACAGCCAAAACUAAAAGAAAUAAAUUAUUUA